AUGCCUCCACACCAAAGCCAACAACCAGCUGCGCCAACUGUCCCGCAAGGACCCAACCAUCAGCUGAAUGUUCUCCGACAACUUCUCGACACACAAGUCAAGGCUGAGGCAACACUCGCUGGAACAGAUGACCGCGCACCCGCAGCCGCACUCAAGGAAGACAUCAAUCGCCGCAAGGCCCCCAUAACAGAGGAAUUCCAUGACUUCCUUCAUGACCCAUUCACAAAUCUCCCUGCUAGCGACUUCACCGACCCAGAGAAGCAUGCGCUGAGACGCCUUCGGGCUGCUAUCGUCAGCGUGAUGGAGCAAUCUUCCGAGUCUAACAAGAAGGAGCUGAAGGCGGCGAACAUGUCACUCGUUCGGCUCAUGGGUCCCGACGAGCAAUGA